CGGGGAGGCGGGGUGAGGCGGGGAGCCGGGCGGCCGGCGCUCGGGUCCGCCUCUGACUGCGGCGCAGCGGGGCGAUGUGUGAUUGCCAUGGCGAGGAGUCUCUGUCCGGGGGCCUGGCUAAGGAAACCCUAUUAUCUCCAGGCUCGCUUCUCAUAUGUGCGGAUGAAAUAUCUUUUCUUUUCCUGGUUGGCAGUUUUUGUUGGAAGCUGGAUUAUAUAUGUGCAGUAUUCUGCCUAUACAGAAUUAUGCAGAGGAAAGGACUGUAAGAAAAUAAUAUGUGACAAGUACAAGACUGGAGUUAUUGAUGGGCCUGCAUGUAAUAGCCUUUGUGUUACCGAAACUCUUUACUUUGGAAAAUGCUUAUCCACCAAGCCCAACAAUCAGAUGUAUUUAGGGAUUUGGGAUAAUCUACCAGGUGUUGUGAAAUGUCAGAUGGAACAAGCACUUCAUCUUGAUUUUGGAACUGAAUUGGAACCAAGAAAAGAAAUAGUGCUCUUUGAUAAGCCAACCAGGGGGACUACCGUACAGAAAUUCAAAGAAAUGGUGUACAGUCUGUUUAAGGCAAAGUUGGGUGACCAAGGAAACCUCUCUGAACUGGUUAACCUCAUCUUGACAGUGGCAGAUGGAGACAAAGAUGGCCAGGUUUCCUUGGGAGAAGCCAAGUCAGCAUGGGCACUUCUUCAGCUAAAUGAAUUUCUUCUCAUGGUGAUACUUCAAGAUAAAGAACAUACCCCCAAAUUAAUGGGAUUCUGUGGUGAUCUCUAUGUGAUGGAAAGUGUUGAAUAUACCUCUCUAUAUGGAAUAAGCCUUCCAUGGGUCAUUGAACUUUUUAUUCCAUCUGGGUUCAGAAGAAGCAUGGAUCAGUUGUUCACACCAUCAUGGCCUAGAAAAGCUAAAAUAGCCAUAGGACUUCUAGAAUUUGUCGAAGAUGUUUUCCAUGGCCCCUAUGGGAAUUUCCUCAUGUGUGACACUAGUGCCAAAAACCUAGGAUAUAAUGAUAAGUACGAUUUGAAAAUGGUGGAUAUGAGAAAAAUUGUGCCAGAGAGAAACCUGAAAGAACUUAUUAAAGAUCGUCACUGUGAGUCUGAUUUGGACUGUGUCUACGGCACAGAUUGCAGAACUAGCUGUGACCAGAGUACGAUGAAGUGUACUUCAGAAGUGAUACAACCAAACCUGGCAAAAGCUUGUCAGUUACUGAAAGACUACCUACUGCGUGGUGCUCCAAGCGAAAUUCGUGAAGAAUUAGAAAAGCAGCUUUAUUCUUGUAUUGCUCUCAAAGUCACAGCAAAUCAAAUGGAAAUGGAACAUUCUUUGAUACUAAAUAACCUAAAAACAUUAUUAUGGAAGAAAAUUUCCUACACAAAUGACUCCUAGUUCAUAUGGACAUUGUUGCCAUUUUAAGAAACUUACCACUUUUAAAGAACAAUUUGAACAUUUUAAAAAAUGACUUCAGAGUCACAUCCCUGCCAGUUAUACAAAACUCCCUUCCUCUGUUCCUGAGAAGCUAUCAACUUAAGUAUACAUGAUUGCGGAAGUAAUGGCAAGAGGUGCAGAACCUACAGUUCUUAAAGAUCUCAUUCCUGCCCUGUUAGAAGCCCUGACCUUUCCCAAAUACAUUCACGGUGUAAUUACACGUAUUUUCACUAAUGACUUAAAA